CAUUCUUUUAUCCAAGAUUCUAAAACACACCAGGGAUAAAAAGGGCGGGAAAGAGCUGCACACACGCCUUGGCAGCGGGUUUAGGGUUUACGAGGCGCGGAGGAAGAGGGCGGUUGUCGGAGACAUGGCUUUCUGGGGAGUGGAAGUGAAACCAGGAAAGCCUUUUACUCAUAAAUACGACGAUUCCAAAGGACGCCUCCAUAUUUCAAUGGCCACUCUUGGGUUGGGCACUGCGACAGCAAAAAGCACACUGCAGUGCAAUGUGGGAAACAGGAGCCCUGUAUAUCUAUGCUCUCUCUAUCCUGGAAAAGCAGAGUCAUUGCAAUUAAACUUAGAGCUCGAAGAAGUUGAUCAAGUUCUUUUCUCUGUAAUUGGUCCUCGGAGCAUUCAUCUCUGCGGGUAUCAUCUCGCCACUGCCCGCAACGCCAAUCUUAUUGAUGAUUCUGAAUCAUAUGGAGAGGAUAUCGCUGAUACAGAAACAGAGAGAUCUGAUUACAGUGACGAAGAUGAGUAUGAUGAUAGUUUCAUUGACGAUGACAUUGUACCAGAGGCUUCCUCACCAUCUCUUAUUUCCAAAGAAGAGGAAGCUUCUCAUGACAACAGACCAAAAAUUAAGAAAGGCAGUCUUCGACGGCUUAGGAAGAUGUACCAGUCAGUUGAGUCAGAUGAUGAUGGCUGUGGCGGAGAAAAGAUAAUUGUCAAUGACAGAAUCCAUGACCAAAUCCAGGAAACUGACAAUGAAGAUAGCCUACCUAUUUCAUCUAUUUACAAGAAUAAAGCCUCUGGAAGGGUAUUGGACAAAGAAAUGGAUGUUAGUGUUGUCAGAGGAGCUGGUGAUGCCAGCAACAAGAAUAAGGAAGAUGGUGGAAAUAAUAUUUUUGAAACAAAUCUAGAGGCUGGACAU